ACAGAUCACACUCUCCUCCUCUCUCCACCGAUCCUGCAAACUCCCUCCUGUCGCCUGCAAUGCUGCGGCGCGACGCGCGGCUCCUCGGCGCCCCCGCCCUGCCCCUGGCGGCGGCGACGCUUGUCCUCCUCGUCGGCGGGUUCCGAUUCCAAGUCGCCCAGGCCCAGCCGUUCGACUACCCGUCGGCGCGGCCAUCCACGUCCUGGGCCAACACGGACGCCUCCCUCACCCACCACGUCACCUUCAUGGACGGCUCCGUCGCCCGCGCCGCGCUGCUGCGCCUCAACCCCGCCGGCUUCGGCCCCUCCUACGCCUUCGGCUUCUUCUGCACCAACCACAAGACCACCACUCCCUGCGCCGACUUCCUCCUCGCCGUCGCCGUCGUCUACUGCAACAGCGGCGCGCUCAUGACCUCCGUCGUCGCCGGCAUCCCGCAGGUCGUCUGGUCCGCCAACCGCGCCCGCCCCGUCGGGGAGGGCGCCACCGCCGAGCUCACCGCCGCGGGCGACCUCGUCCUCAAGGCGGCCGACGGCACCGUCGUCUGGUCGGCGGGUAGCGCGGGGCGGUCCGUCGCCGGCAUCAGCAUCAACAGCGACGGCAACCUCGUGAUGCUCGACGGCAGCAACCGCACGGUCUGGCAGUCGUUCGACCACCCCACCGACACGCUCCUCGUCGGCCAGUCCCUGCGCCAGGGCGCGCGCCUCACCGCCAACACCUCUGCCGCAAACUGGUCCCCGAGCCGCCUCUACCUCGCCGUCGCCGACGACAGCCUCAGCGCCUACGUCGACGCCAAGCCGCCGCAGCGCUACUACCACCUCGGCUUCACCAGGACCGCCGGCGCCUACGCCGCGUACGCCAACGGCAGCCUCACGGUGCUCGCCUCGCCCGCUGGUGCGCCGCUCACCACCAUCCAGCUGCCCGCCGUCGCCGCCGGCACGGUCCAGUACAUGCGCCUCGAGUACGACGGCCACCUCCGCCUAUACGAGUGGCGGCCGGCGGGGUGGGCGCCGGUCUUCGACGUGCUCCGCCUCUUCCCCGACGACUGCGCGUUCCCGACGGUGUGCGGCGCCUACGGCGUGUGUACGGAAAUGCAGUGCAGCUGCCCCGACACCGCCAACUUCCGGCCGGUCGACUUCCGGAGGCCCAACCGCGGCUGCGUCCCGGCGGCGCCGCCGGUCUCGUGCGCGACCCCGCGCCGCGCGCAGCGGCUUGUGUCGCUGCCCGGCCUCGCCUACUUCAACGACCACGCCACCAGCAUGAGGACGCUGGAGAGGGUGAGCCAGGACGCGUGCAAGAAGGCGUGCUUGGAUGACUGCAAGUGCGUGGCGGCGCAGUUCAUCUACGGGAACAACGCCGGCGACGGCUUCUGCUACCUGCAGUCGGAGGUGUUCUCGCUCGAGACGUCGCUGCCGGAGGUGGUGCACUACAACUCCACCAUGCAUCUCAAGGUGCAGGCCGCGCGCACGUCGGCCGGACUUUGACCACCGAAAGAUUCAUUGCAGCAUCUUCGAAAAUGACAUCACUUCAUCUUCAUCAUCUCAGCUGUUGACUGCUAUUGUCCUGCAUGGAUUAUGAUCCGGUCCAAGACUUGUGACAACACUAGAAUAAAGUCGUUUUGUUCUUUCUUUAUUA